UGCGCAUUUUGGAAGCUGGAAAACAAGAUUUGCUGGGCAAGCUGACUGGGAGCAAAACAAGGAUGGCUUUUGGAGGUUGCUCUUAGGUGAUUUUCAUCCUUGGAGACUUUGCAUUACACAGAACUCUGUAUUUGGGUCUUGGAUCAGAAAACAUCUUCAGAAGAAGCCUUCGGACUUCACCUUCAGAAAGGCAGGUUUCCACUUUAGAGAUCACAUCAUACUUCUUCCUGUGAAGAUAAUAUGAACCAGAAGGUGUUAAUUUUCCUUCUCCCAAAUUUUAUUUUUGGGAUAUUUCUUUUUGGGUUUUUCUGUAAGAGACAAAAAAAACUAACAGGUGUUUUUUCUGAUCCAACCAAAGAUUGGCUGGCAAUUCAAAAUGAUCGCAGAAGCACACUGGCUUCUAUCUGCCUGAAGAACAACCUUCUUAAAUUAAGAAUCAAAUCGGAUUCUCAUGUUGCAAACCAGCUCUUUGUGGAGCACAAACAUAAAUUUAUGUACUGUGAGGUGCCCAAGGUAGGCUGCUCCAACUGGAAGAGAAUUAUUUUUCUUCUCCAAGCAGGCUUGAAUGCGGAAGCUUCUGAAAUCGAGCAUGACCACAUCCACCAGACUUCGCUGAUCAAAAAGCUGGUGUCUUACCCCCCUGCCAUACAAAAGGAAUUUCUGAGCAAUUAUACCAAAGUGAUGUUCACUAGACAUCCCUUGGAACGACUGGUUUCAGCUUACAGAGACAAACUUCUGCACUCCGAACCAUUCUACAGUGUCACUGUCGCUAAUGAGAUUAGGGCAAUGUUCAGGAAAAACAAAAAUUCUUCUGAAAAAGUGAGUUUCCAGGAGUUCAUCAACUUCAUUACAGCAAAACCACCAAAUAGUCUUGACAUUCACUGGAAACCAAUGUAUCUGCUCUGUGAUCCUUGCAACAUUCGCUAUGAUAUUCUGGGUAAGUAUGAAACUCUUGGAUUAGAUUCUGAGCAUGUUCUGAAAGUCAUUGGAGCACCAGAGAGCCUGCACUACCCCAGCUUGAAGAGGUAUGGCUCAGAGAAACGAACUAAUGGUGAUAUCACCUUGGAGUAUCUCAGACAAUUGAACUCAGAACAAAUUGAGAAAAUCAAAAAAUUGUAUCAAAUGGAUUUUUUCUUGUUCAACUAUACUAUGAAAUAUGAGGGUUACUUUUCCCUCAAUGACUAGGUUAAACAAAGAACAGUUUCCUUUGUACAAAAUGGGCUGACCUUCUCCUCACAGGUGCUUGAUAGGUGGCUUGGUGAUUGACUGCUGCUGAAAUUUUACUGCUGUUUGGAGACGUGGUUUAUCAUCCUAAGCACUCUUAUAACGAAUCCCUGCCAUGAUCUGUUGUACUGUACAGUACUUUACCUAUACAAAAUUCCUGU